AUGUCCUACACGCUUCCGCAUCUAGAGAACGGCUGGCAGGUGGACCAGGCCAUCCUUUCCGAGGACAACCGCAUCGUCGUCAUUCGCUUUGGACACGACUGGGAUCCCACCUGCAUGAGAAUGGACGAGGUUCUCUAUAGAAUCGCCGAGAAGGUCCAGAGAUUUGCCGUGAUCUAUCUGGUCGAUAUCACCGAGGUGCCUUGCUUCAACCAAAUGUAUGAGCUUUACGAUCCCUGCACCGUCAUGUUCUUCUACAGGAACAAACACAUCCAGAUCGAUCUGGGCACUGGCGACAACAACAAGAUCACCUGGGCCAUCGACGACAAACAGGAGAUGAUCGACAUCGUGGAGACGGUCUACCGAGGGGCGCGCAAGGGCCGGGGGCUCGUCGUGUCUCCGAAGGACUACUGCACCAAGCACAGAUACUGA